UCCCAACUUAACACCUCUCUCUCUCUCGUUCUCGUCUUGACUGCUAAGGUGAGGAUUAGGGUUAGGGUUUUGCAGAGAAGAUGGGAGUUUUCACGUUCGUUUGCAAGAGAUCCGGCGACGAUUGGAGCGGGAAGCAGCUGUCUGGUGAAGUCGAAGCUUCGGCAUCUUCGACCUUCGAUCUGCAGAGGAAGCUCGUCCAAGCAGCUCUCUCCACCGAUUCUUCUGGUGGGGUCCAGUCCUCGUUCUCCCUGAUCUCACCGUCUUCAGCUGUUUUUCAGGUGAUUAUCGGAGGUGGGGGCGGCGGCGGCGCUUUCAUCGGAGGUGGAGGAGCUGCUCCUGCAGCUGCCUCUGGGGGCGGUGCAGCCGCAGCCGAGGCACCUCCCGCUGAGGAGAAGAAGGAAGAGAAAGAAGAGAGCGAUGAUGACAUGGGAUUUUCACUCUUUGAUUAGUGAAGUAUAUUUAUCUAAGUUGCUAGCAGUUGGGAAUUCUGUUCCCUUUUUUUCUCCAUUUGAGAUUGUCAACAUUAGUGGAUGAUAAAACCUGGUUUUGCAAAUUAGGGCCAAUGGCAAUGAUUGUUUGGUGUGGUUUUGAUGAUUAUUACCUUAGUAAAUGAGAAAAGUAUCUUUGGGUUUAAAA